AUGAAUAUUCUCGUUUGGAACGUCCAGGGCCUUACGGACGAAUCUAAACGCCUGUUGCAGGAGCACUGCCGCUCCUUUUCUCCUAUUAUUAUUGGGUUGAUUGAACCUAAGUUGAAAAUGCGUAAAGUUCGUCAGAAUUUUUGGCGUUCUAUUAACAUGACUCCUCGUCAUCACAAUUGUAGGCUCCCCAGACGUCCUAAUAACUGGCUCUUAGCUCAGCCCUCGGUGGUCACGACUAUCAUUUUCUCUUCGGACCAAGUGGUGGUCGCCAACUGUACUUGGGGUUCUCAGAAUUUCAGGAUAGCGAUUGUUCAUGGCGCCAAUGACAAAGUGCUGCAUCGACAGCUCUGGCAGGAUCUGAUGGAUUUUACUUAUGAAAAAAUGGUCUUUAUUGGGGACUUCAAUGCGAUCAGGGGCGCGCAUGAGAGGGUCAGCAUUGUCGCACCGGAUAGGAGUUCUUACCUUGAUUUCUGUAACUUUAUUGAUGAGACGGAUUUUAUUGAGUCCCACUCCACGGGAGUUCAUAUGACCUGGUCUGGGCGUAGAUUUCUUCCGAGGCAUAUUGAGUCGCGUCUGGACAGAGCUUUAUUUUUCUCGGAUUUUGCUACCAGUUGGACGGAAAUCAACACGCAUGUGCUUCCUCGGAUUACUUCGAACCACUCCCCGCUAAUUUUCCAGUGCAGCUCGGACAUUCCUCUGGGACGACGUUCGUUUAAAUUUCUCAAGAUGUGGUUGUUGCAUCCUGGGUUCCAUGAGGUGGUGGCUAAUUCAUGGAAUAUUGAUAUGGAGACGCGUUGCCCAAUUUAUCGUGUGAUGUCUAAGCUUCGAAGGCUGCGUGGGGAGCUAAGAACUUGGAAUAAAGAUGUCUUUGGUCAUGUGGAUAUUCAAAUUGCGGAUCAUCAGAGGCACCUCUCUUUGGUUCAAAACAAUAUCUCGAUCAUGGGAUACUCGGAUGAGUUAUUUAAUGAAGAGGUGGGAGCUCAAGCUGCGCUCAAUUCUGUUUUGGCUAGGAAGCACAGUCUGUUUCAACAAAAGUGCAGGGCGCAUUGGCUUACUGAUGGGGAAAGAAAUACCGAGUUCUUCCAUCGUCUCCUCAGAUUUCGUAAGAAUAAUCUUCGCAUGGAGCAUUUGAGAAUCGGGGACACGGUUUCGUAUGAUCAGAAUGUUAUUCAGCAACAUAUUGUGGAUUUCUUUUCCAACCUCUUCAAGGAUGACCUUCAACAUCAGGUGGACGUGACUAUGUUUGAGGCUAAUAUUGACAAUUAUGUCACUGGUGAUCAUAAUGCGGCUCUCAUCAGGAUUCCGGAUGACGAAGAGAUUCAUGCUGCUGUGUUCAGUAUGGACGCUAACAGCUCCCCUGGGCCGGAUGGGUUUUCUGGAGCUUUCUUUCAGAAUUGUUGGGGCACGAUUAAGGGAGAUGUGCUCAAGGCGGUGAAGGGGUUUUUCAUCAACUCCUACUUGUCGGAUGGCUAUAAUGCCAACAUUUUGAUUCUCAUUCUGAAGAAAGAGACCGUGGACACCGUAGCGGACCUCCGCCCUAUCAUUCUGUCCAACUUCUUCUUCAAAAUUAUCUCGAAGAUUUUGGCCACGAGGCUCAACAAAGUUGCGGCUGAGCAUGUCUCUCCAAAUCAAUUUGGCUUCAUUGGGGGUAGAUCCAUUCAUGAAUGUAUUAUUCUGGGUUCUAAGGGCUUCAGUUGUAUGAAUCGUACUGGUCGUAAGUCGAACAUGGCUUGUAAGAUCGAUAUCCGCAAGGCUUUUGACACUAUGAGUUGGAAUUUCAUUCUGAAAGUCCUCGGUGUCAAUGGGUUUCACGAGAAGUUUGUUCGUUGGAUUUCCAUCAUCUUUUGCUCUGCUCGUAUCUCCAUUUUGUAUAAUGGACAGCUCAGUGGUUAUUUCCCUUGCUUGCAUGGUGUUCGACAGGGUGACCCGCUCUCACCUAUUCUUUUUGGCAUUGCGGAGGAUGUGUUAAGUCAUAUCUUGCUUAAUUGUGUUCGCUUCCGUCACUUGAUUCCCAUGGAUUUUAGUCGGGCUUCUCAUUUUUCUAUGCAUCUGUUUUAUGAUGAUGAUAUUCUGAUUUUUUGCAAGGCUUCUCUCAAGAAUGCACGCAAGAUUAAAGAGAUUCUGGACUUUUAUGGUGGUUUGUCUGGCCAAAUCUGUAGUUCUCAAAAGUCGAACGUGUUUUUUCGAAAGGAAGUUCAUUCGGUCAUACAGAGCUCGGUCACUCAUUCUAUGAUGGUGUACAAAUGGCCGAAGUUGUUGAUCUUUGCUUUGGAUCGGCAUUGUCGCAACUUCAUUUGGACCGAAAAUGUUGAUCAAAAACCGUUCUAUCCGGUUAAAUGGUCAAGGGUUUGUGCUCCGCGGGGGGAAGGAGGUCUAGGGGUUCGCUCGUUUUCCAGCAUGAAUCGGAGUUUUCUGAUGAAAAGUGCUUGGCGUCUUAUUGAUGGAAAUGACUUUGCUUUUGCGGUUCUUCGUACUAGGUAUUUGGAUAAUUUUAGUCAUGCUAAAUGGGCCUUGGCGUCUUCUCCUUUUUGGACGAGCAUUCGUGACUUGGUGGAUAAUAUGGUGGAGAAUUCUUUUUCUUUCAUCAGCACUGGUGCUAGUACUUUGUUCUGGUGUGAUGAUUGGUGA